AUGAAAAACAGGAAACGACAGAAGGAUAACAGUGGUGUUCAGGAGUCGCAGAAUGAGUCGGCAGAGGCUGAUCGGGAGCUUUUCUUACAGGCAUUUGAAAAACCCACACAAAUCUACAGAUACCUACGGACAAGAAAUAUAGCUUCGCCAAUAUUCCUACACCGCACGCUGACUUACAUGAAACAAAGGAGAACAUGUAGAGACAAAAAAAGAAAAGAUUUCAAAAUUGACUCGAUCCUUAGCUCUGUAGAAGAAAGAACCAAAAGAAUUUCACAAACAGAUAGUUACAAGUCACAAUUUAUGAACCUGAACUUUAGUGCUUUCAAUAUUGAUGAAGAUUAUGAUAGAGAUGCUGUAGAUGUAGAAGUGACACUUCUGAAAAUCUGCCACAAGAAACGAAAGGAUGCAUCAUCACCAGUGAUGAAGACUAGUCUAGGAAAAGUCCAGGUGUCUGUUAACCCAACCAAUGUGAAUGGCAUUCCCAGUCGACCAGUGUCAACAGUUUCUGUGCCAAAGGACCAUUUUGUCCAACACAACGGCCACUCUGUCAAGUCAUUUGCCUUACUUCUCAGCGUGACCUGCCCUGUCACUCCUGAACACACUAAUGGCAUAUGCAACGGAGACUCUAGUGAUCACGAAGAACCAAUGAAUAAGAAGAGGAAAAAUGGCCAGUCCUACAAAACAGCCAUUGUGUAUGGGUCAGAACUUGUGAUAUAUGACAGACAGAAGCGAUGCCAGCUCAGUGAUGGCGACUAUGAAAUUGUUCUGAAAGACCUUCAUGCGAAAGUCCUUCCCAAGAAACAAGCAUCCUGGGAAACUAUUAUGGAUGGCAAAGCUGUAGGUGCAUUUGAAGUGUUCAACACCUAUCCCACGCUGCGUUUCACCAUCAGCUGGACAGAUACGGCUCAGGAUCUCCACAACACCUCAGGCAUGUUGGACGCUCACCAGGAGUUCCUCAGCAACAAUCAAUAUUCCAGCCAUAUUCUGUCCAAUUAUAACUCAGGGAUGAAAACUUCUCCAAAAGAUGCCUAUCAAACAACGCCAAAGAAGCGUACGCGUAUGUUUUAUCAAUUUUUAUAUAACAACAAUUCAAGGCAGCAAACGGAAGCGAAAGACGAUCUUCACUGUCCGUGGUGUUCACUCAACUGUAUGCAGCUCUACAACCUCUUUAAACAUCUCCGCCUCUGUCACGCACGAUUUAACUUUAUAUAUGUGCCUCAUCCAAAAGGUGCUAUGGUGGAUGUAUCCAUUAAUGAGCGUUAUGACGGAGCAUACGCUGGCAGUCCACAGGAUCUACAUAGUCACAUAGGAUACGCUUUUAGUCGGAAUGGACCUGUACGGCGGACGCCAGUCACUCAUGUUAUUGUUUACAGACCCAAACGACCUGAGGAAAGUUUAACAGAGUUCAUGGACCAUGAAAAUGACAAUCAUCAAACAAACCGGCAGCUUGUUCAGGGACACAAUAGAUUAUACUAUCAAACUGGGACACGCUUACCUAUUACUCCACAGGAAAUCAAUGUAGAAUCAGAGGAGGAAAGCGAUCCACUAUGGCUGCGGCAAAAAACAGUCCAGAUGAUAGAUGAGUUCACAGAUGUCAAUGAAGGUGAAAAAGAACUGAUGAAACUUUGGAAUCUCCAUAUUAUGAAACACGACUAUAUUGCUGACUGUCAGAUUCCCCAGGCCUGUGACACAUUCAUUGAGGAACAUGGACAGGAUAUUGUUACCAAGUCCCUGUGCAGGAACCUCCUUCUUCAUGUGAUAAACCUGUUUGACUUCAGUCUAAUCCGACCAGAAAAUGUGCAGCGGACUAUGGCAGCAUUAGAGAAUAUCAGAGAUCAAACGUCCGAGACUUUGUGAUCAUUACAGGCAUCUUCAGGGGGAAUUUUAUCACGUGAAAUUGUGAGGACUUUUGGGUAGUAGCA